UUUUGUCUAGUUUCCUGUUCCUGUGAAAGAAGACAAUCUCAAAUUUUACUCUCUUUACUUGAUCAUUGAUGUAGCUUCGAGUCUACUUGUGAUUUUGAAUUUCAGAGCAAUGUUUUAAAGAAAUAAGAUCCUAUUAAAUAUCUGACAUAAGAAAAGCAAACAUGGACAGCAAUCAGUUUCCUUCAUUUGGAAGUGGACUUACUCCACAGCCCCAGUUACAGAGUCCCAUGCAAUCACCUGGCAUGGCAUUCAACCCGGUGCUUCCUCCAUCUAAUGCCAGUAUGUACCCUGCUACACCCAAUCCAAAUGGUCCAGGCACACCAUUUUCUCCAGCCACUCCGGCAUCUGAGGGUUCAACCUCAGGAAUCACACCACAGCUGCAGAAUAUUGUGUGCACAGUUAAUUUGGCUUGCAAGCUUGAUCUCAAAACAAUAGCUUUACGAGCAAGAAAUGCAGAGUAUAAUCCUAAACGUUUUGCUGCUGUUAUAAUGCGUAUUAGAGAACCUAGAACCACAGCUCUUAUCUUCAGUUCAGGGAAGAUGGUCUGUACAGGAGCAAAGAGUGAGGACCAAGCCAGAUUGGCAGCCAGAAAAUAUGCCAGAAUAGUUCAAAAAUUAAAUUUUCCUGCAAAGUUCAUGGAGUUUAAAAUUCAGAAUAUGGUUGGCAGCUGUGAUGUUAAAUUUCCAAUUCGAUUAGAGGGUCUGGUCCUGACCCAUUCUCAGUUUUCCAGUUAUGAGCCUGAAUUAUUCCCUGGUCUGAUUUAUCGUAUGGUGAAACCAAGAAUUGUACUGUUGAUAUUUGUCUCGGGCAAAGUGGUCUUAACAGGGGCCAAAGUAAAAGAAGAGAUCUAUGAAGCGUUCAACAAUAUUUACCCAAUUCUGAAAUGUUUUAGGAAACAUUAGCAUCAAGUUCACAUUUUGUUUUUAUGUUUAACUGCUGUUAUUUAACAAUUUAGUUUGGCAUUUGAUGUUAUCACAUUUGUUCAAAGUGAUUGGAGUAAAUGUGUAUUGAAAUACUGAAUGGGUAACUGAAUAAUGUUCUUUCAAUUGAUUGAUGGUUCAUCUCUGAUUGUUAAGAGUGUAAUGUGAGAGGGUUUUGAAAUGUAUUUGCAAAACGUAAAGCAUGGUUGUGUGUUGAUUGAAAGAAUGGUUAUGUGAUAUAGAAAACCAAGUGUACAUAUUUGAUGAAACCAUGCAUUUAAUUACUGUUUCUAUUUUUGACAAUAAAAUCCUUGUUUAUUCUU